AUGGCGAUCUAUCACGUGAUUUACAGACCGGAAAAAGCAAUUCAUACGAAGCACAUCAUUAGUACCGAAUACAAUAUGGCAAUAUACAAUACGCAACAGACACAUACACAGACCAACAUAUACACCUACAUUCACCGACGUAUGUUAUCGCUUGUUGUCAGUUCAUUGUUGUUGCUGCUGCUUCGGAAUAACAAUGAAAAGUUCUUCAUGUAUUGCUUGUCGGCAACAAAUGUGACCUACCAAGCGAACCAGGUGUCAAGGGCAAAGAGAGGUCAAGUACUUGGAACGAAAGGUGGAUUUAGGGGCUGUACCAUAUGGUUUACCGGUUGGUGA